AGGAUCUUGCAGUUGGCGCUGAGUUGCGCAUACGACGCGUGUGCCCGCGGAAAUCGCUAAAGGAGUUCACGGAGUUAAAGGAGUAGCUACCAAGUGCAGUGCAGUGAUGAGUGCUUCCGGAAAGAGUCUUCUGGGCCUGUGGCUCUACAGGAGCGGCGAACAGGAGUGGGCCGUCAAGCAGGGCAGUCCCUUGCACCAGCUGAAAAAGGAUUCUACCACAUCCGGUCCCUCCUCGCAUCCGAGUCUCGCCAGGCACUCGUCCGCUCCGCCGGAGCCGCCAAGGCUGGCCAUCGGGGGUGCUGGUAUUGGUGGUCAGGAUAAUGGAAGACAGCAUUCCCCUGGCGAACGCGUCUCCAUCAUUUUCACCCUGCGCAACCAGGUGGGAAACCUGGCCAGAGCCCUCCAGGUUUUCCAGGAGCUGGGCAUCAAUGUGCUGCAUUUGGAGCUCUCGCCGCUGGAGAUGGGCACCAACCAGGCCGAUGUCCUCGUGGACGUGGAGUGCGAUCCGCGCCGACUCGACCAGGUGGUCAAAAUGCUCAACCGGGAGGUGGCCUCCGUGAACUACACUUCCGUGAACACCCAGGGUUUGGCCAGGGCGCCGUCGCUAUCGGCGUGCUCCAGUUUUGAUUUCGGGGACAUGGUGUGGUUUCCGCGAAAGAUCUCCGAUCUGGACAAGGCGCAGAAUGUGCUCAUGUACGGCUCGGAGUUGGAUGCCGACCAUCCGGGAUUCAAGGACCCAGUUUAUCGAAAGCGGCGGGAGCAGUUCUCUGCCAUAGCCAACAACUUCAAGCAUGGCAACCCCAUUCCUCGUGUGCAAUACACACCUGAGGAGGUGAAAACCUGGGGCACCGUUUUCUUGGAGCUCCAUCGCCUUUACGUGUUGCAUGCCGUGCCCGAGUACAUGGACAACUGGCCGGAGCUGGAGAAGUACUGUGGCUACCGCGAGGACAACGUGCCCCAGCUGCAGGAUGUGAGUGUCUAUCUCAAGCGCAAGACGGGUUUCCAGCUCCGACCCGUGGCGGGCUACCUCUCGCCAAGGGACUUCCUAUCGGGACUCGCCUUUCGCGUGUUCCACUGCACCCAGUACAUCCGGCACUCCUCGGAUCCCUUCUACACGCCAGAGCCGGACUGUUGCCACGAGCUGCUGGGCCACAUGCCCCUGCUGGCCAACUCCAGUUUUGCCCAGUUCUCGCAGGAGAUUGGCCUGGCCUCCUUGGGUGCCAGCGACGCGGACAUCGAGAAGUUGGCUACGCUGUACUUCUUCACUGUGGAGUUUGGGCUGUGCAAACAGGCGGACAGCACUUUUAAGGUUUAUGGCGCCGGACUACUCAGUUCAGUGGCCGAGCUGCAGCAUGCAAUUACGGCGGAGAACAAGAUUAAGAAGUUCGACCCGGAGGUGACGUGCCAGGAGGAGUGCAUUAUCACCUCCUACCAGAAUGCGUACUACUACACCGACUCCUUCGAGGAGGCCAAGGAGCAGAUGAGGGCCUUUGCCGAGAGCAUCCAGCGGCCAUUUGGAGUGCGCUACAACCCGUACACGAUGAGUGUUGAGGUGCUGUCGAAUGCCAAGAAGAUCACGGCGGUGGUCAGCGAACUCAGGGGCGAUCUCAGCAUCGUCUGCUCGGCCCUGCGAAAGAUCUCCGCCACGGACGAGAACCUGGAUGUGGACAGCAUCGCCAACAUGCUCCACAACAGCCUCAAUGUGAGAGGUGGCGCUUCCGGAGGAGGCGGAAGUCCGUGCAGCCCGGACAACUCGGACAACUCCACGGCGGAGGGAGACUAGGAAUGAAAGUGGACAGCAAGGAAACCUUAAGGGAAGAGAUUACCGGGACCACAAAGCAGUACAAUUCACUUGGCAAGCGAACAUGUUUUUUCUCAACUUUUGAGUAUAAAAAGUAUAAAAAGAAGUGUAAACAGAAGUUCUAUAUAUACCAAGAUACACUAACAAGCUCAAGUUAUAAAAGCAAAUCUUUUUAUGAAAUCUAAAGUAAAGAAAAACAAAUUGUAGCGAACAAAUUAAAAUACCCGCGAAAUCUCCGAUAGAUUAAUAACUUAUCGUACUUCCUAAGAGAAGCAAGGUGAAUUGUACUGCAGUUACACUUUUUAAAUAUGCACACGUAUCUUUGUCUAUGUCUAGCAGUUGUUUAUUCAGACUUAAAGCUAUGUAAAAACUAAAGUAACAAUAAACCGCAACCUCUCGCUGCGCUGUCCUACUA